AUGUCCCACGGGAACCCACUGCGAGUGCUGGUGAUCGUUUCGCAUCGAAGUUCAAAAAUUUCGAAAGCCCAGAACAACCCUGAAGCCCUCCUCCCCAAAGCUAUUCGCCUCCUCAAAUCAACGCACCUUUACGUUCCGCAAGAAAGGCACCCAACAACAAGGCUGUUAGCAGCGCAAAAAUGGCAAACGAGGGUGUUUUUCGUCUUUGACAUCUGCCACACAGCCUACGAUGCCAGGCUCGGCCAUCUGCCCGAGCAAAACCGGCUUCCCGUGGCUGUUGUCCAUCUCAGCAAGAAGAAUACAGCCUAUGCGGCAAAUGCAUGGUUGUCGAAAAGAGUCAAUAGGGAUAUUGCUCUCUUCCAUAAUGCCCAUGGGUUCGGUGCGGUGCCGCCUUUUGUUGAGGAUCGUACCGUCGGGAAACCACCUGAGUACAUGAACCCAAGGGAUAUUACGCUCUUGCAAGCGUCUUGUCUCUGA